AUGACUGUGCAGAGGAAGAAGGGAGUUCAAGUUGCAAUUCCGAUCGUCUAUGGAUCAACAUCAGUGCCCAUAAACCCAAAAAAGGAACAAGUUCCAGACGCUCAUACUCACAGAUGGACUGUCUUUGUACGUGGCAUCAACGGAGAAGACAUAUCCUACUUUGUAAAGCGGGCUUCAUUUCGAUUACAUGAAUCAUUCGUUCCUCAAGUCAGAAAUAUCGACAGGUUUCCAUUCGAAUGUGUCGAAACAGGAUGGGGUGAAUUCGAAAUCAUGAUCAAAGUCUAUGUUCAAGAUGGGACUGAAAAGGCCGUGACGCUCUAUCAUCAUUUGCAACUCUACCCUAAAGACGAUACUACUCUUACCACGAGAAAGACGGUCCACUUGGAGCACUAUGAUGAGAUUGUAUUCAAUGAGCCAACUGAAGACAUGUAUGAAUUAUUGAUGGCACAUCAGAAAAACUCGAUACCUCGUCGACCUGCUCAACAAAUGUUUAGUCAGCAAAUGGAAGAACAAGAAUUGCGCAAAAUCAUGAGAGCCAUAGAUUCCAUCCAGGCCGAAUCUCAUAUCAUGAGAAACGAAGUCAUACGAUCGGAAGCGGAACUCCGAGACUUGCAAAGCGACAUACGCUCAUUAGAAAGUGGUGCGUAA